AUGGCUCGUAAGCGCAAGACCGUAGCUAGUACUACCGACUUGAGUCCGCGGGAUCUCAAUGACAUCCCGUACAUCGCUUGGAUGAACAAGCAGAUCGCGAGCGGCCGUAAGCCCGCCGGCCCGCUGCCCGAUGGUGCGCCUGGUGCGGGGGACACCUCGUUCGAAGCCCCACGCGAUGUCCCUACCCGUGGUCGCCGUGAUGCCGACCGUGUUGCUUCAUCCCGCGUCGUGGGCGACGAGGCCUUCGACGACGACGCUGACGACUCUGACUUCAACGACUGCGACGAGGCGUGCGACGACGACGCGGACUCUGGUGAGGAGGAGGACAAGGGCAUGUCGCCGUCCGAGGACGAAGACGACGCCGACGAUGCCGUCGACGAUGACGAUGACGCUCCCGAGGAGGCACAACCUGUUGAAGUUAGGCAUAAGGGCCUAGGCUUAGUAGCCUAG